UUCGAGUCGCAGCUGCUGUCUGUAAUGGAGUUGCGUACCGUCGUCAUAUGUGGAGCAAGAAGUUGGCACGAUGGAGAAGCCAACUCGAGAACAUAUGUGACGGAAGGGUGAAGAACCUCGAGAAAAAACAAAUAUUAUGUAUAUCGAGGGCAUAGCGAGAAAAGCUGCGCGAAGAGGGGCGCAAAAAGGGUGAACGCACACAUCGAAGAUAAGAGACUGUCAUUAGAGAAAUAUAUGGAUGACACGAACAUUGUGUAAGGAUGUGCGAUCUGCAAAUUGCUGUCGUCCGAGGACAUGAGCAAAAACGCAACAGUAGCAAAAUAAGCGUAAGGAAGGGGAGCAAGGAAGCGAGAUACGCGCAAAAAUGAGAUGAGAUCACAAUGGAAGAAACCGACGACCGAGACGACACUUUGAUGCAUGGAGAAUGAAACGCGAAGUGCGAAUCAGAAAGAAAUCCACUUUUACGAAUCGCAAAAAUCCACUCUGCCGUGAAAAAAAAAAUCGCGAGCAAGGUUGUCGUAUGAGGUGAGGUCGACGAAGAAAUCGCGCGGCCGCCGACACUCGUAAGUGGAGUGCUACCGACUGCAAUAAGAAGUAAACGAAACGUGGAAAAUCCAAUUGAGGGUAGCCGCAAGUGGGAAGAGAUAAAAGGCGGGAAUUGUCGAGGAGAAAUGAGAGGCGGAAGAGAGAGCGAGAGAAUACGAGAGAGGAGGAGAGAGCGGAGACGCGUCGCGAAAAAAUUAGAAGACGAUGUGCAAGGCGAUACGAGAGGCACGAAAAGCCGCUUAGGGGAAAACGCAGGUAUUUCGUGUAAGUUGCGAAAAAUUCAGGGAGAAUGCACGAAUAAAUAACGAAAAAGGAAGAGGAAGAAAGGAUGCUUAAAAAGGAGACAGAAUAGUUGACGCGCCAGCGAAAGAAAAGAAAGGGGCGCGAUCCUAUCUCGGUCUAAACAAAAAGGCGCGAACGAGAUUGCCGAAACACUCGGAAAUACCUGAGGAAAGAGGAGAAGGGUAGGAAUGCAAGGACGGGAAUCAGGGAGCGCCAUCGGGAGGAUAGACGAUGAGAGGCAAGGGUGAAGAACGGGGAGCCAUGGGGACAAGGUAGACAGCCAGGACCAAGGUAACGAGGGAAGAGGAAGAGGACGACGUGGAAAGAAGGAGAGGAUUCGGAUGAGAGACGCCACGUUUAGCGGUAUGUCGCGGGGGGUAAGAGACGAGGACAAGGGGUGGCUAUACGUUGAGGGUGGUACGGGGGGGUGAGGUGACGUCACGCCGGGUCGAUACUCACUCAUACUAUUCCGCGGCGACACGGUAACCUCCCGGCGAUGGCGCACGCGCGCCUUUUACCCUUCUCACCGAGACUCGUACUCGUUCCUCUGAACGCCGCUUCCCGCCAUAUUAGCCACCAUGGGGUAGGCGAGAAUGUGCGACAGGGGUGGCUCGGGGUGUUUCUUCUUCCGAAAGGUAAUCCGCGCGUAAUCUCUCUCUCUCAUUCUCUCUCUCUUUCUAUCUCUCUCUCUCUCUCUGUCUCUCACAUUCUUGUUUCUUCAUCCUCCGUCACUCUAUCAUCAUUCUGCUUGUUUGUCGCACUCAUACCCUCAUCGGGCAUUUAGCUAUGCUACGUCCUACGCGCGCCCUUUCGCACGGUUCGCCGGUCACGUGAGACCGGAAGGAGAUUGGCGGCUUGCGGAAACACUCGAGAAGAGGGACAGGUCGGAGGAAAAGACCCGGCGUCGUCUUCACGGGGCUAACCGAGGACGAUUCGCGCACGCAUGGGACCGCCGCGACGAGGUAGCACGACACGCGCGGUGGUGGACGGGUUCGCCCGGCAGACGGGUGAGACGGAAAGACGGAAAGAGAAGACGGACGGAAUACGGGGGUGGUGGGCUGCGGGAAGGAAGGGCGGCGAGGAACUCCAGGAACCGCCGGCGCCGGCCAGCGAAAGGGGCUGUAAAUCGGCCACGGCAGCGUGGAUGUCCCUGCUGUCGCUCUGCGACCGGAUGUGCGGUACCGCCGCGUGGCUCGUCCCGGUCACAUGCCUCCGCGGGGAGGGCCGGGGGGAAGUGACAGACAUAAGCGCAAGUCCUGGGAGGCAGGCACCUGCCAACCAGUUGCGCCCCAAGGAACCACCCCCCAUGGUCAUUCAAGGAGACUUCAGGAAGGAUCUACCGUUGCAGGUGAGCGGGAUCAGUACAGAGAUCUUCAAGCAGAUCGAGACUGUCGAAAACGAUCAUGACGCUUCGACAGCGGCGGCCCUCGAAGCUGUCGAGCGAAGAGGCGAGAUGGUCGUGCGUGUCAUUGAACCUCGGCAAAUGGGUAGACAGGCUUCCGAGGCGGCGAAAAAAUUUAUUGCCAUGCAGGAUCCUAAACACCCUAUCCACUUUGUCGAGAUAAUCAAACGACCGGGACAGACCCUCGGUCUCUACAUACGCGAAGGCAAUGGCGUCGACAGGAACGAUGGGGUUUUUAUUUCCAGGAUAGCCCUGGAGACUGCCGUCUACAAUAGCGGCUGUUUGAAGGUGGGCGAUGAGAUCUUGGCGGUGAAUCUGGUCGACGUGACGCACAUGAGUCUAGACGAUGUCGUCAUCAUCAUGUCGAUACCGAGGCGACUAGUUUUAGCCACAAGACAUGGUCCACAUCAACCGGUUUCACAUGUCCGUCAGACUGAACACAAGGCGCCACCCGUGGUAGUCAUCAAGAGGGAAUUAAACGAGGAUGAGAAUGACCACGUGACGAGUAAUCAUGUCAGAGAUGGCAGUAGCCGUAGACGAGGCGACGGACGCGAAAUGUUGCCGUCGCGAUCAAGACUCGGUCUCACGGGUUUGGGAUCAAGCCAGGAUCUCGGAUCGAGCAACGGUGAUCUGUACUACAAUUCACGACCGGAAGGUCACUGGUCCUAUCAACCGCCACCGUCGCCGGUUAUUACGCAUCAGCCGAAGCCUUCGACGCAACAUUUUCAAUCAUACGAGCGUGGUUACCCGAAAACGUUGGAAAGCUUAGCUGAGAAAGAUUUUACAAAGGUACACCCCUUCUACACGGGGCCCAUGAUGCCCUCGUCGAAUGGCCGCCGUAUGUCGACGGGUGGCGGAAUGCAAUCAGUCGGCGGCAGGUUGUCGGGUCAAACCGCGCAGUCGACCCAUUAUGGCUACAGCCAGCACGGAACCGGAAGGAUCAUGCCGAGAAGCGGUUCCGACCAGCAUCUACCCCGAGUCGAUUAUACGAGUAUCACGACGCCGGCGCGACAUACCCUUCUUAGAUCCAGCUUGAAAUCAGGUACAUCAGCAUUACGUUACAAUACGAGGUAUGGUGGACAGACUGACAUAACGUCCGCCGCGCAGAGACAAGGACAAUUUGGCACCUUGACGAGGCGACAUCGACCUUCAUUGGAUUAUGCCUCCGACACCGAGGCUACUUGCUCCAGCUCGCCGAAAUCAGCAUAUUACUAUUAUAGGCACAACAUGAACAAUCCACCUCAAAGUAGCGUCGUAUCGCAUUUAGCUACUCUUUCGAGGUCACAAAUCGGUCAGAGUUCCUCAGGUUUAAGGUCAAACUCGUUACCACGAAGCGGUCGGACGUUGCCUCAGCAGCCUGGACUUAGAUCUGGUCUGAGCACAGUCGCGUCGGGUCUGAUCGAUCAAGAGGAUAGCGACGGCGCUCUAUCGGCGCCGGAAUUGCCUUCCAUCAGGCGUGAUAGAGGCAGGAUACCGUCCUCGCCGAGCGUAUUCACGUCGGAUGAGUAUCGUGCCUGGCUAAGUCGCACCCCGAGUACCAGCGCCUUGUACGAGCAGAUCAGGGCGACCACAAGUAGACCACCUCGUUACACGUAUAGCGCCGAGAAUAUUCACGCAGCUGUCAAUCAGGGUGAAUACGGCAGUUACGGUGGGUACAGACCGCUCUCGAGCACACUCGAUCGCCUGUCGACGAGAUCGGCGUCAGCCCAACAGGUCAAUCUGGCAAAUCUCAGAGCGUCGACGGCAAUCAGCUCGACAUGUCAUCGCGGUACAACGAAUCCAAGGCCAGCCUCGGUAGCAUCGAGCGCCCGAUCGUCCCUCGUAACCCAGAAACCAUCGUUAACGAGCUCCGUGAGCCAGCGGGCGACAUCAGUCAGGAGAAUUAGAAAUCUGUUGGAUCUUGAAUCUACGAGGAGUAUACCUACCCCAACGCCUACCAGAACUCAGGGUCAAAUACUGCUAGAUAUUAAUCCUGCAGAGUUCCUCAAGUAUAAGAUAGAGAAGCCGCCGACCGUGGGCACUCCGAGCUCAACGAGCUCCCUUUUGAGUUCACUCGGGGAGACGACUGGUGGCGAUUUCGCGAGCGGAGUCAGCGGAUUAUUAUCGGUUCAUCUCUUAGCGGGACGUGGGCUUCGAACGACUACGACCUCCUCGGCUGCCACUACACCUUCCACUCCUUCCGGUCAGCCAAACUUAGCUAGUUGCGGCUUGCGAGACUUGUACUGCGUACUGGAAUGCGACAGGGUGCACAAAGCGCGAACAGUAGUGCGAACCGGCGAUUUAAUGUUCGACUGGGACGAGACCUUCGAGCUGGAUCUCGUAGGCAAUAGGCAGCUGGAUCUGCUCGUUUACUCUUGGGACCCGCAGUACAGGCAUAAGCUCUGUUACAAGGGAUCGGUGCAUUUAGCGAGUCUGCUGAAAGAAUCGCCGGAGCAUCAACUGGCCGUUAAAGUCGAGCCACGCGGCACAAUCUACUUAAAACUGCGAUACACCGACGCUCAACAAACUUUCCGUCGAAGAGGUUUACCGGUCAUAUCUCUAGCUACAAGGGUAGCACCUCUUUUCGGAGUUGAUCUAGAUACAGUGGUAAGUCGAGAAACUAAGACUGGCGGAGUUCCCGGUGGAGUUUCCACGGCUUUGGCGAUGGGAGUCCCGAACGUUCCGAUUAUCGUGUGGCGUUGCGUCGAGGAGGUGGAGAGAAGAGGGCUCGACAUCAUCGGUUUGUAUAGACUCUGCGGUUCGGCGACCAAGAAGAGAAUACUUAGAGAAGCUUUCGAAAGGAAUGCACGGUCUGUAAAUCUGUCGCCUGACAACGUGCCGGAUAUCAAUGUCAUCACAGGCGUUCUGAAGGAUUAUUUACGAGAACUUCCGGAACCUCUCUUCACGAAGUGCCUCUACCAAAUGAUGGUCGAUGCACUGGCCGUCUGUUUGCCGGACGACCCGCAGGGCAACGCUAAGCUUAUGUUCAGUAUACUAGAUUGUUUGCCUAAGGUCAAUAGGUGCACAUUGAUUUACUUGCUGGAUCAUUUGGCGAUGGUGGUAUCGCAAUGCAAUAAAAUGUCACCAGCAAGUCUUGCCGUUUGUUUCGGCCCAGUAUUGAUGUUACAUUCCGAUGAAAAUGGACCUCCGCUGGAUUUCCAACAACCGAUAGCCGUGCUUAAGUAUUUACUGGAGAUUUGGCCAGUCAAGUCAGUUCGGAAGACUUCUUCAGUCGGUUCAACACUUCCUCGAGUUAUGCCAGCAGUCGAGCGCAGCAGCAGUCAGCAACAUCUGCAACAGGCGCAGCAAUUGGUGCAACAACAGCUACAGGCGCAACUACAGGGAACAUUGGGACGCACAGGGCUGCCUUGGCAGCAGCCACCCUCACUUCAUCAUCAACCCCAAACUACGGCAGCCGCAGUCCUCGGGCCCUCUAUUCGUCCUCCACCACCGGUCAAACCUCGUCAGGUGAUAGUCUCGUCUCCCGGUUCACCUAGUAGCGAAGAGUCAGAGGCCUCGCCGGAGCCGAUUAACAAAGGCCUUCUGGGCAAUUUAGGAUACGAAAAGAGCGACGAGACGACGACGACGACGACGACGACGUCGAGCACGUCGGGCGGAAUUAAUAUCGGGGUCGGCGUCGGUGCCGGCGUCGAGCAGAUCACGCCAACGAGCAGCGUCGACACCGAAGAAGGUAAUCCUCAUCAUCCCGAAGAGGGCGAGAAGGGCGUCGAAGGUGAUGUCGAGGCGAGUGACGACGAUCGGCAUCAGCACAUACCUAAAACGCAUUAAUCGCUGCCGUCACGCGAGCGAUGAACGCAGUGAGUAACGAAGAGGCUGUGCGAGAGGAGACGACUUUUCGCGAACAAACGUACAUCAAAGUUAGAGGAUUGUUUCGUCAUUUUACGCUUCGAGGCUGGACGUGCGGGCCAAAGGAUAGGUCGAUCGGUUCAGAAACGGAAUUGUGCCGGAAAUAGGGAUUACUUGUUAAUUUCGUAAGAUCGUCCUGUAAAUGUUCUCGAAUUAAUCGUUUAGUUUUGUAAAUAUGAGAUAGAAAACACAUGUCAAAAUGAGUAAGUCUUUGGACGCAAGUCUGUGUUGCACGGUGCUAAUACUCGAAUGUCGAUUUGUAAGAAUCUUUGUUACACAUUUCGAUCGAGAGCUAUCGUGAUUAAUUGAUUUAGUCAAUUGUGUUGGGCAUGGCUGCUUGCGAGAAGGAUUUGUUAAAGUUAAAUGAAAAGGGAACAAAAAAAGAGAGAGAGAGAGAUGGGAAAAUGAUCUCGUUCGAUUAAUAGUCGGAUUAUACUGAAGAACUGCAAAUAUAUAGCGAAAUUAAACUAGCGAUGUAUGUUAAAUUUUUCCCUUCAAUGUCAUGUCUCAUUUUCUAAUUGAGUUUCGUGCAAAGCUAAAAUAUGCGAUUUAUAUAGUUAAAUACAUGAGAGACGCGACAGCACUACCGAAAUGAUGAAGCUAUUAAAAUGAAGAAAGUGCGAGUGCUAUACGACUAUAUAUUACUUAUUACAGAAAGAUAGAUCAGAGACACGCAUUCCUUCUAUCGGAGGCAACAAUAGCCGGAACUGAAAUGAUAAAACAAGUUUCCGCAACAAGUUAAAGAGAUAUUAUUCACCACGUUAGAAAGUCGCUACCGGGAUAGCAAUUUCAACAACCGCAAGCACACGUUCAGUCCUCCAUACAUUAUGGAAGUUUCUCCGAGUUAUGACCUUUCGAGUCAUGAUCUCUUAAAGCAAAUGGUAGAAUGCAAAUAAUCGCAUACACCUUGCCCUCGAUGCUCUUUUCCGGGAAGUUGCAUAACGAUGAGGAAAGAAAAAAGGUGGAGGAGAAGAAGGAGGUGGAAACGAGAUUGUCCCUCCGCGAUCGUCAUCGUCGACAUCUCACUAUCAUCAACAUGACACACAAUAAUAACACGACACACAGAACUUGAGCGAGCGAGCCGGUCAACGAGGAUGCGCACGUGGCAUACAUAAUAAUCAGUUUAUAUGCGAAUAUACUAUAUAUACAUAUUAUAUAUACAUAUGUAGACUAGUCACGAUAUUACGUGUGCUUUUGAUAAAAAACUAUUACUUGUAGCGUUAGCUAGCUCUCGUAUACAGAAAUAAAAAGAUACAUGAACAAACAAAUCGACAAACAAACAAAUAAACAAACAACUAAACUAGACGAUAUACAUAAUAUACAUAUAAAGAUGUUAUAUAUACUUUGGGAAAGAGAAAGUGUGCGUGUGUGGGAAGACGGUGUUUCGACAUGUCGACAAUAGGACACGUAAGAAUCGUUUGGACAGGUUCGCAUCAAGAGUAUAGUAUCGGAAAAUCAACUGUGUGGCUAUUGUAUCAAUACCAGUCGAUUGAUUGUCCGAGAUUCGGAUCGUGAUCGAAGUAAAGGGAGGAAGAAGGAGGGGUUACCGCAGGAGAAACUGAUCGAAAAUGAUAAUAAUUACGAGUAAACAAAGAAACGCUACGAUUAAUUAACUAUACUUUUAAAAAGAAAACGUAAAAACGAGUAAAAAAUAGCCAGUAUUAUUAUGCGUCUAAAGCUGUAAAAUGAUGAUCGCGCGAAAGAGAGAGAGUGAAAGAAUGAAAAAGAUAGAGAGAGAGAGAGAGAGAGAGCAGGGAUGUGCGAAUAGUCUAAUAUAAAAAUAAUAAACGAUUAUAAAGAAGAAGAGACAAAGGGAAAGGGGAGGGUUAAACGUAGAUACGCGAAUGUCGCUCUUGUUGAGAACAAUUGGGCGACGAUCAGAUACGCACUACGACGCCGGAACAAAGCCACGAGCGGAUCGCGAUUGCCUAUCAUCGUCAUAAUUAUCACUGUAACGCACCAUCGCCGUCAUUAUCGUCGCUCGAUUUCACCCUCGUGGUUUGGUUCGCAAAAUAUAAAAAGGAUGCACUGUAAUCUGUAUAAACACGCACGUAUAAAUAGAUAUAUAAAUACAUCUGUAAUCUCUCUUCUUUUCGCACAGUUAGUGUUAUCGCGCGGGAUAUUUAACGGGGGAGGGGAAGUAGCCGCGAAAUUCAAACUAAUUGUAUAAUUGAGUGUAAUGUGUAUAUAUACGUA